AUGGGCUGCUUAGGGUUUCAAAAUGUUGGCGAGUUCGUGCUCUUUAUCACCAGCAUUAUGUCUGGUAUGGUUAUCCUUUUAGGAAUGAACGCCGUCAACUCAACACCGCAGUUUAUGAUUGAUUAUUAUAAGUACAUUAAAAAUGACAAGGAUGCUGUGGCUGACUAUCCCCAAUUUUGGAUGAACGUCCUGACAUAUUAUACCAUUGUUACCGAAGUCUCACAGGCAGUCCUGCAGCCAUUGAAUCUUAUCCCUUUUUUCCGUCGCUUCUCCUACCUCUUUCGUCUUGAGCUCGGAAGCCUCAUCGCGUUGGGGGAGAUUCUUAUUAUUUUGCUGAUGCCACACGCAAGCACCCCCGAGUCGGGUGCGGUUGUUGGAGUUUUAAUAGCUGCUUUCAUUGGCGGUUUGGGGCGGGCCGUGUUCGAGAACACCGUUUUCGCCCUCUUCGGCACCUGCCCUUCGAGGACCGUCGUCGGUGCUAUGGUCGGGCUACCGGCAUCGGGAGCCAUAAUGUCGCUCGUGCAGAUUAUUCUUCUCGGAUCUAUGGCAGGCGACUUCAACUCUAUCUUAAAGCAGUCUGUUAUAUACUUUUCUAUAGGCAUUGCCAUCAUCUUCGUCUCCUCGUCGCUUCUGUUGUGCCUCUUUUUCAACUCGUUUGCCAAGAAUUACAUCCCUGAGCUUCGCUCGACGCGAUCGGCUUGGAAGAACAUUUACCGCCCCUUGAGGUUGAGUGACGACACGUUGAGAUCUCAAACCGUCGGUAACGCUCCUGAAGAUGGGAAUGCUCCGACGCUACACCGAACAAGGAAUGCGCUGGUCGCUUCUCCAGAUUCAGAUGCUGUCGGGUCCGUUGUUACUGAGUCCAAAGAGGAGCCCAACUCCAUGCUUGAAACCGACAGCAACGAGGAGCCGGCUGGGCUGAUUUCCACAGAGCUCCUCCAGAGAGUCAGUCUGUGGCACGUGGUCAAGAAAAUCUACCCCAUGCAGAUCGCUUGUUUCCUGAAUUUCUUCGUAACUUUGCUCAUCUACCCAGGGGUCUUCCUCGCGGUCGACCGCUUGGACAGCUGGUACACGACGCUCGUCAUCGCGAUCUUCAACUUUACGGAUCUCGCCUCACGUAUGGUGCUUGUAUCCGAAAAAUUGAAAAUCUCUCGAAAGGCUGUUCUGAUCCUGUCGAUUGUGCGCAUCGUGCUUGUUCCGUUGGUGGUAUUGUGUGGAUACCACAAGAUUCCGGGCAAGGCGGCGCCGUACAUCUUCACCGGGCUCAUGGGUCUCACUAGUGGUUAUGUGGGCACCUUAACCAUGAUUUACGCACCAACCACUCCGGGAUUGAAAGGAAACGGUGAGCAGGCGAUGGCGGCGCAGGCGUGUGAUGGGGCGCUUAUGUUGGGUUGCUCUUUGGGUGCCCUUUCCCAACUGGGUGUUGUGCUCGCAUUCUAA